GGCUGUGGGGCAGCGAGCGGUGCACUGUGCGCAAAGCUGGAUCUCUCGGACCAAAUCCAUCAUCACCAACUCAACCUGCGCCUCCAUCUCCAAUCGCUCUCCACCUCAUCAUUAUCAUCAUUAUCAUCACUAUCAUCAGCAUCGUUCAUACACACACGCAUGUCUCUUCACCAUCGAGCAGUCCAUCUGCUUUCGGCUAUCACGUCACCCUGACCCCUCCGACGACCGCGCCUGGACACCCCAUCCCGGCGAGCCAAGUCGAGCCGCUCCUGGUUGGUCGUAAUGGCUGCUACCAGCAUCUCUGGCAGGAGGAUAGCAGCACCCUCUGCUGGCCACGCGGUGCACGGGGCACUAGGCUUGGAUGACGAGAAUAUCCAGGAGGACAGGUCCCCGCAACCAGGCUCCAACCAGCCCUCCUUCAAGUCAAAGUUCCUGCGCGGUGCAGCUUCGCCAGGGCACCUGAAAGGGCAAGGCCAGCACCAAGCUUCUUGGCAACAACAGCACACAUGGAUGCCAUCUAGUGAGCAUCUGGAGGCUGCAGAUCCCCUGCGACUACAACGGAACAUCAGCCCUGCAGCCUCUGCCGAAGACGAGGGGUAUACCAGCGCAAACAGCUGGGGUCACAGCGCGUUCAAUGUCCCUCCAACAGCCAAAUACAUUGAAAUGCGACAGGCAAUGCCUCGUUCAUCGCAGCAUGCUCCCGAAUAUGCGCGAGAUGCUGGCAAUUUUACAUCCUCCCCUGCGCACGACACGCAAGAGAAGGAAACGCCCAGGACGGAGAACAAUCGUCGCCAUGGCGAUGCUUCCACCUCUGGUAGUGGACAUACUGCAGUGGAUGGGACCACCCACCUGGCUAUGCCGACGCGGCCCGCACCCCUACCCGCACCCGACGUGCCAGAUCAGCUCCCACAUCAACUACAGGCGGACUUGUGCUCCAGCUCGGUCAACGCAGCGGCCGGCGAGAUGUCGAACAGCGAAUCCGCAGUAGCAACAGCAACAGCUGACGAAGACGAGCGACCUCUCGGGGAGAUCCAGAAGCAAAUGUCAUCGGAACCGUCUUACAAGGACAUCCCAAUUCCUGCCAUUCCCGUUACCGUUGUAGUACCACGCCGCACAAGAGCCAAGAAGCAGAGAUCGCCAGUGCUCUCUUACGCCGAAGGCGAAGAGGAGGAGGAGAGGUUAUAUGCGAUGACGGAGCAACCGGCAGACAUCAAGCGGAUGCCCUCCCUUGGCCCCAAAGUCAAGAAGAAUGCACCUGCACCUUGGGAGGUUGAGGGAGCGGAAGAAGAGUUUCUCAACCCUCCGUCCUCCAGGGCACAGCGCGAAUGGUGGGGCCGGAAGAGUACCGAAGUGCGAGACCAGGGUCGACUCUCGAUCGAGAGCAGCCGAAAUGUUGAUGCAACGUCGGCGACACCACUCGAAGAUGCUCUAGGCUCUGAUAGCGCAUCUAUCGCUGCAUCCGCUGGAAGUUUCUUCGCAGCCACCCGAGCGCGCUCCAAGAGCGUGAGCAGCAGUGCUGCAAGCGUCUUGAAAGGCCUCGGUCUGUCUGCCCCUCCGAUGUCUGGGAAGAAGAAGCACCCACUGAAGUUGGUUAAGCCUCUUUCAAGAGAAGACGGUAGAAAGCCUCGCAUGCAACUGGCAGCGGGCAUCUCGAGCGAGGACUACCAAAAUCUACCGGCCGACUGGUCUCCGCCUCCCUCUGCGCCUGCUCUCUUGUCGGCUCCACGCAAUAGCAUUUCCCCCAUGACUGAAUCGUUCGUCCACCUCCAGACUGCCAACACAUGUGGCUAUCCCCUCCGGAGUUCCUCACGCACGGAGCCAAUGCCGCCGCUGCCGACUGAUGCAUACCGGAUGAGACAGAGCAGCAGCAACGAGAGCAACAAUCUGAGCACGACCUCGCCAACAGAUGCAUCCCAACACAGCAGCACAACUGCCGCUACCAGCCCUGCCACGCCUUCCUUUGUCGAAGCGCAGAGUAUCUCCAAGGAUUCUACAACAAGUCAUGCCAAUCAGUCCGAUUUGGUCGACACAUCUGCGGGUGAGGCAGAAAUGCUCAAUGAGCUGCAAUCGGCGCAAGCGCCUUCUAAUAGCAAUUCCACGCCAUACAAACUCAUCUCCCUCGAACAAGCGCGUAUCAACCAGGUUCGCGAGCGUGAACUCGCACGUCAAAGGAUCAGUGCAUUGAACGCUGCGAGCAUUGGCGCGGACGAGACACCGAGGACCACCUCCGAUGGUUUCUCCUCUUCGAUCAGCAUGACAUCCUUUGGUUCUGCCAGCCAAGCAGCAGAGACGCGUUCUCUGCGCAACAAAAAGAGCGGAUUUUUGCGCAUGUUCAACAAGGAAAAACCACCGGAACAUGCACCGAUGAUGCCCUCCUCACCUGGCAGCAGGCCCGAGACGGCAUCCACUGUCCUCGCGGAUGAAUUGCCUCCACGACCCUUGCUCGAGGCUCCAAGGUCCAGAAUACAAACAGAAGAGCGGCCAGCGAUGCAGGCAUCGGGUCUUACCGCGCCAGCGCUCAGCCUGCGACCGAUGAGCUCCAUGUUCAGCGGUUUCCAGCCCGAGAUGCUCGAUGCCGGUGUGGCAAGUGGUACCGGCGGCGCCAGUAAACGCUCCGCUUCGGCGAUAUCUGCGUUAAGUGAUGUGGCAGAGCCCUCGCCGACUACGAGCAUGCUCGGCAGCAGUGGUGCGAACUCGCUCUCGAGCCGCCGGCGAGCACGAGCUCCAGCUGACAUCAUCACCGCACCCUAUGUGGGUCCUGCCGCGGCUGGGCCAAAGUCUUCCGGCAGUUUACAAGCUCGAUCUGCGCCUCCACGACGGUCCAGCGUAGACACGUCCGAAAGCAAUGGGCAGUACUUCUCGCCCGUGACUUCGCCAAGCGCCGUCAAGGUUGAGAGCAUGGAGGCCGCGCGCCCAACUUCGAUUCACAGUCAUGUUUCGGAUGACCCCACGCGGGCAUCGCUGCCAUCUCCCGCGUGGCGCAAUCGAAUCAUGGAGAUCGAGCAAAAAAUGGCAGAGCUCGCAUCGGAGCUUUCUGAGAUCCGACAGACGCAGGCGUCUCAGCUCGGACCUCCACUGCCAGAUGAAGCCUUGGCUUCCCCCGUUUCACUGGGAGGACGGAGUCCAAACCUCCCUUCGGUAUCGCCUAUCCCGCCUUGCUCAAGCUGCGGCUGCUCUUGCGCUGAGAAGCGCAGGCAGCAGGCUCUGAACGAGGCUGCGUUGCUUAAGGGCUCCAGUGUCCUUGACCGCGGUCGCGCCAUCAAACCCCUGGGCGAAGGCAACACGAGCAAGUUCGGCGGUCAUUGGGACCGCCAGUGAAGCAUCGCUCACUCUCACUCUUGACUCGCGCGUGGGCGUGGGCGCGCCAAUUCAAAUACCUAGCGCUCGCCACAUGCUACAAGAUACCCUGCGCUCUGCACGACCUUUUUUACGAUGGGACCCGGCGGAAUUGAUACCUUUACGAUAGCACGCAUCCCCGUCCAUUCACGAAGCAGUCACAUUUAUUUUGUAUACACCAACUGUAGCACUUUGAUGAGAGUUUGUCACG